CUUGAAUCGAUAUAUGUAAUGACUGCGCAUUGAGCGUCUGUUGCGAGGCCUGUGGAGUGUUCUUUGGGUGGAUUGAAACCGCGAUAUCCCGGUUUAUCUGGAUAUGAGUUCAUUCGGGGAAGCAUCUCAACUUGGUGCAGAAUGGUUCUCCGUCGGCCUCGCUUCAUCAUUUCCAGACGUGGGAUCCGACAAUGACAACUUGGCAAGAUAUAGAACGUGUAGUGCGGAUUCUAAACCAGGAUGCAAGGUUUUCCAAGUGCCCAGGGAAGAUAGCCUUCAAAGCGCAGAAGUCGCAAUUAGAGAAGAUGGUACCCUCCAGCGAUCGGAUAUGAAGGGGCUCAAAGACCAAGUCCUGGUGUUUCGAUACAAGGGAAAAUUCCAUGCGGUUGACCAUAAAUGCCCUCAUUCGUCGUAUCCCCUCUCACAAGGCACGCCAUUCGACAUUGAAGACUUCGGCAUCGUUUUUAGCGCUGGGCUGACAUGCCCAAAACAUGAAUGGUCAUUCGAUAUAUUCACAGGAGCAGCAGACCGGGGAAAUUACCAGCUAGAUAUAUGGGAAACGCAACUGCGCGAAAUUGAAGGCUUGGAUUCGCAGCAAAUGGAAGUUGGCGCUAGUGAAGUGUCAGGUUUCGCGGAUAAGGAAGUAUGGGUCAGGAGAAGACAACCAAAGAGGUAGCCAGCUACGAGAUAAGUUGAC